CGACCACCCGCUUCUAUCCAACGACCACCUCGGACCGCGCCCUUCCACCUCCCUCUUUUAAUUUUCAGCUGUGCGAUAAUGUCUUCCAUUGGGCUGGAGAAGGAGUCGCCUCUGGCGUUCCUCAAGAACAAUGCCAUCACCAACGCCCUGUUAGAUUCCUACCAAACCUUUUCCGCCAGGAGAGAGGCUUUGGGGCUAUCGAACCCGGGUACGGUGGAUAACAUUGCGAAGGAGGUCCAAAGGGAGGUGUUCCUCACAAACUAUACCUUCACUGGUCUACGUGCGGAUCUCACGAAGGCGUUCAGCGUUGCGCCAUUAUUCCAAGUUUCCCAUGCCUUUGCCAUGGGAUCACAGGGGCUGCCCCCAUACACAUUUGCUGCCCUUUACGGCACAGGCAAGGUCUUCCUCCAGGGAAACGUUGACAAUGAAGGACAACUGAUGGCACGCGCCAACUACCGCUGGAGCCCUCAAUUAACUACGAAGACAAACAUCCAAAUUGCACCGGGCCAGGCCCAGGCAAUGGCACAAAUCGAUACCGAGUACGUCGGCAGCGACUUCACCGCAUCCCUCAAGACUGUCAACCCAUCGAUCAUCGAGGGUGGCCUUACCGGUAUCUUCAUCGCUAGCUACCUCCAAUCUGUUACCCCCAGCCUUGCUCUCGGACUCGAGGGUGUCUGGCAGCGCGCAGCCCUGAACCAGGGCCCAGAGACCGCGAUCUCAUACUGCGCCAAGUACAAGGGCAGCGACUGGAUCGCGUCUGCUCAGCUCCAGGCACAGGGUGUCCUCCAAACAUCGUACUGGAGGAGGCUGUCCGAGAAGGUCGAGGCCGGUGUUGACCUCAACCUUGCCCUCCAGGGCGGAAACCCCAUGAUGGGAGGACCAAGCAAGGAGGGCGUCACCACUGUCGGCGCGAAAUACGCUUUCCACAUGUCUACUUUCAGGGCACAGGUUGACUCGACCGGCAAGCUCAGCUGUCUGUGGGAGAAGCGCGUUGCACCACCAGUUCAGAUCACCUUCGCCGCUGAUAUGGAUCACUUCAAGCAACAAGCCAAGAUCGGUCUUUCCGUCUCCAUCGAGGCCAGCAACGAGGAGCUCCAGGAGCAGCAAGAACUCUCCCAGGGACAGCCAAUGGCUCAAAUCCCAUUCUAAGCAACUCACCCUUCACCUCCCCUCCCGCACAACUCUCCACCUCGCCCUCGUUCAUCCACACCUCGACAACCACCUCUUCACAUAGCGGCACCCUCCACCCGCUUUCUCAACCUGUCUUAUUAUAAAAAACCCCCCUUCCGCCGCCUCUCGCCUACCUCGCAAAAAACAUCGCAGGCACGCGCGUGCUCGUACCACCAUCAUCCAUUUCUUGUCUCUUAGUUUCGGUUAAUCAGGGUUUGCAUACGGGAUACGGACGGGUUGACGACACAUCAUUUUCCAUCUUUCCUCCAUAGACUGACACGGACGGGCCGGCACGCACGCUCUCGAAUCUUCGGUUGUAUACUAGCUUUACGUUUUGGUGGCCCUCGCGCGCGUGCCCUGCGUCCUUUUUUUGUUCUCUCUCUCUCUGUUACUCUUGCUCUGCGCGUCAUGGAUGGGCUGAGGCGGCGAGGGGUUGGUGCUGUGCGGCUUGUAGAUAGAUACUUGUACGAAUAGCAACGAAACAUUGUCUCUGGAU